AUAUUCCUUUCUCUGGACGCCUAAUUCUUCCGCCCAGUCAAGGAUAUUAGGCCUCUCAGGUUAACAUGAGUGCAAAGUUUAUAAAUAUUAAAUACCAACUUAGUCCGUGAUUCAAAAAAAAAAAUCCACACAUUGGCGCCCUCUGUUUCUGGAAUCCUUUUGUCAGAAUACCGAUACAGAGCUGAACAUACAGCAUCAUUUAUUAACUAAGGACAAAAAGUGACAAGCAACUACGCACAGAUACCUUCUCAGAGCGACAAUCUGUCUCACUACUCUGUUAUUAUUUGGAAAUUUUCAUACUAUAACGAAGUCACAUUGCUGGCGAUUCAGAUUAGAUUCAACGCUUAGCAACUUUCAAGCAUUAUAAUCAAUUUACGAGUUUUUCAAACUGCAAUUAACCAUAUACCCAAGGUAUCCUGAUGAUCCGGCUUAAUCGAGUACAUACGAGAAACGCAAUUCAUCAAAACUUUUUACGAUAUUAGACAAGAGACGCUUCCAGCAUAUUUAACGCAUCGUUUAAAACAUCAUACUAUUGGAAGUAUUGAUGGACGCAGUUUAGUUUUGCAGCGUUAUAAUCCUGCUCCGUAACUUUGGUAUCGGCAUUUGCGUUAUACUGAAUGGCAUUGGUUGAUAAGAUCCUAUAGCUGCAAUACAAGCUGCUCCACCUGAGCCUGCGCAAGUUGUUCCAGUAACCACAACUCCUGCUCCAAUCAAUGCCAGACGAAGUGACAAUCCCCAUAUAACCGUGGGCUAAAGUUAGCCACGGCAUAAGCCGGCCUAGGGGUUAGACUAUAGUAAAGAAAGAGAGAGAAGUAAAGAAGACUACAAAGUAAAAGUAGUAGCGUUGGGUUCCAUUCAUUCUGAUUAUUUUGGGGCAUAGGGAGUAUAUCAAUACUUAUGGUUACCAGCCUUAUACUAUGAUGAAUAAAAAUCGAGGUCUUAUAUAUACUAAAGAGUAUAUAUAUUAAAAAUCAGUUUUUUGGUUGAUUUAAUUAUAUCGGGUAUGUUCAUUUUUAUAUUCUGUUAGGGUAGCUCAUUUUUCGAGUUAUUGGAGCUUGAAAGAUUAAUACCCGUCGCAUAGGAGAGAACAUUUGCAUUGCGGACUUUUCGGAGGUAAAGAAGAAUUUACCUGCUUAAAUAAUGUUGGUCUGUAAAUAUCAAACGCGUUCUAUUAUUGGUUAAAAAGGUAUUAAGUAUAAUGUGAUCUAAAGUAGAUGGCGUUUUUGGCAUAAGAUAUGGUUUCUUACAUCGUUAUCUUUGUUGUUGGCCGUACAUCCGUUUUCCUUGCCCCUAUAUCCAUUGUUGUUGCCUCAGAAUCUCUCUGUAUCGGUUAUUCUGACAUUGUAUCCUACUUUUAUUUAAAAUAUUUAUGUUUUAUACUUAUCAAUCGAUAAAUUAUUUGAUUAUGCUCUAACCAGGUAGGUUUAUAUGUCGUUUUGAACAUACAUCCAACAGCUAUCCCAUUUUUGAUUUAUGAGUAAGCCAAAAUACCCCUGCCAAUUUCGUCCUUUAAGCAUAUCCACAAAAUCUACUGGCACUGAGCUCUCUAUUUAUAGCUUUGUUAAUGCUUUGACUAAAUAAGUCCAAACAUAAUAUAAGGCUAAGUUAGUCUUAUCAUGUCCUGGUGCAACACCGUACCUAUAUGUGAAAUCAUCUGCCUCUCUUUUAUCUCUCCCACUUCCCGACUCAAUAAAGUUGAAGUGGCUUUCCAUGUUCUUCA